AUGUCAUCGAUUCACUAUAAAUUCAAAGCGACGUUGGAAUACAAAACGCUGAUCUUUGAUGGCCUGCACAUAUCAGUGAACGAUCUCAAAAAGGAAAUAUGUGAGAAGGAAAAUAUCAAGGCGGAAUCAUUUGAUUUGGUGCUAACAAACGCGCACACAAAGCGACAGUACACCGGCGAUGAGCUGAUACCGCGGAAUUCGUCGGUUAUUGUGCAACGGGCGCCACGUGAUAAUGCCGCAAAAUUGCCCAAAGUGCAGGAUACGACAAAUUCGGGCAUAGUCACGAAGGCAACUGCACCAGUGGAUGAGGACGCUGUUCCGCACAUAAGUACAGAGGAAUUCGAAAAAAUGACUGAGGAUGAACGUCUUGCUCAUGUCAAACAGGUCUCUACAUACAAAUAUGCGCCAGCAAAGUAA